AUCCCACAAAACGCAAUUUGCUUACAAUGUCGCUCCUCCGAGCUCCCCUGGUCCUCCUGUCCGCAUUUGGGAUACAUUAUUCGCUUACUCCACCUAAUCCCCCUCCCCCCGAUGAAGAACGCGAACGAUACAAGACUCCCGAAAUCAAGCUGACCAAGAUAAUCAUGCUCUGGCCUAUGUCCCUCAAGGCUGCCUUCUGGGCCGGAGGCCUGUGCGAGACCGCGCUCAUCCUCGCGCACAAGUUCCCCGCGCACCCGCUCUCGCAGCGCGUCCUCUCCACGCUCCUCCCCUCGGGUGCCGCCCCCGCCGGCGCGCUCACGCUCACGCCCGCGUUGUUCGCGGGCACCGCGCUUGCGCUCUUCGGCACAUACCUUCGGGGCGCGUGCUUCCGCACGCUCGGGAAGCUCUUCACCUUCGAGCUCGCGAUCCGCAAGGACCACCGGCUCGUCACGGAGGGGCCGUACUCGUUCGUGCGCCAUCCGUCGUACACCGCGGGGCUCCUCACGUUCGUCGGCGUGAACUUCGUGUUCUUCGGGCCGGGGUCGUGGUUCUGGGAAUGCGGGGUCGCGCACACGAGGGCGGGGCAGGUGUUCUCGGCGGCGGUGGCGUUGAACGCGGUGUGGACGGUUGGGUUUAUUGCGCAGAGGACGGUGGUGGAGGACCGGACGCUGAGAGAGCAGUUUGGCGCGCAGUGGGACGAGUGGGCGGCGCGUGUCCCGUAUCGGCUCUUCCCUUUCAUUUUCUGACGGGCCUCAGCGGGGUACGUAUUCCAGUUGUGCGACUCGUGUUAGAUGUCCUUCAGGCUACGAUAUGGCGAGCAUUACGACGCUUUUUGUGUCUUCCCAAUGGUUCGGCCCCUGCACUUACGGGUGACAAACCGUACGCGUUUCGCCGAUCCAGAUAUUAUAUUCGCAAGCUUCUAUGGUUCAUCUACCUACCUAUUUUCAGGAGGGUGUUUAGACCUCGCAGCGAGACAACUUACUCGUGUCUAUCACGGC